UUCACCAUACUUUAUCUUCACAUUCGCAAAAAUUUCACAUUUCCUCUAUCGCCAGCCAUUCUAAACAAGCAGCAACAAAACAUCAACAUCAAGUCGAAGAUGUUGGUUUGACAGACAAAAUUUUGCCGUCGUCAUUUGUCGUGGAUGGUUGUGUAUUUAGUGAGACGCCUUAGAAAAUACACAAAAAAUCAUUUUGCCAAUUUCGGUGCAAAGAAAUCAAGCGAAAGAAUACCUAAAAUUGCAUUACAUAACGGUCGGAAGUGUGGAAUUUAUUUCUUCGAAAAGUGUUAAAAAUUUGGAAAUUUUAAAGAAAGUGUGUGCUUUUCUUUUUUUAUUGCGAGUGCUUUAAAGGUCAACUUGAAAAUUUUUGGGUUUGAUAUGCUUCGUUCAUUCGCUGCUUCUUGUGUGUAUUGUGUGCGAAAAAAUUUGAAAAAUUCGUGAAGAAACCCCGGAACACCCAGCAAAAGUUGCAGAAAAGUUUAGAUUUUUUGCACUUUUCACUCCCCUCAAAAGAAAAGAAAAAGCAAUCAAGUCCGUAAUUUCUUCCUUCGUAAUUGUGUGCAUAUUGCAGCAAAUUCAGAUUAAUGCAUUCACUACAAAAUUCCCCAAAAACUUUACUAAAAACACCAUCUACCCCUCAAAACCGUCAGACAUCUGAAACAUUUCGCCUACUCACGGAUCCACAAAAGAAGGCACACCUAGAUUUAGCAGCACCAGCAUCAUCAUCAAGCACCAAGACCUUGACACCAACACCACCACCGCCAUCAACACAUUCUCAAGGUUCUUCGCCAGUAGCAGCAGCAGCAUCAACAUUAACUGUGAAAAGAUGUCCUACACCGAACUAGAGUCAGGUUACCAGGAUCUGCGUCAACAAUCUUCCCAACAAGCAGCAGCCGCGGCCGCCGCCGCUGCAGCCGUGUCAUCACAACAAUCCCAUCAUACCUCGUUAGCAGGCAGCGGCGGCAUUGAGCGUACCCAUCAACGUCCGGGAUUUUUCUUGGGUCAUGAUGGCAAUGGCGACACCGAUUUCUGUGAAAGUAAUGACGGCAUGGACUCCGAUGCCAGUACAUCUUCAAAUACCGGCAAACAAGUCGUUGUGGGCAUUUGUGCCAUGGCUAAAAAGACACAGUCGAAGCCGAUGAAAGAGAUCUUGACACGACUGCAGGAAUUUGAGUUCAUUAAAAUGGUCAUCUUCGAGGAAGAUGUUAUUUUAAAGGAACCUGUAGAGAAUUGGCCAAUCUGCGACUGCCUCGUUUCUUUCCAUUCCAAGGGCUUUCCCCUGGAAAAGGCCAUACAAUAUGCUCAAUUGCGUAAACCAUAUGUCCUCAACAAUCUCCACAUGCAAUAUGAUAUUCAAGAUCGUCGCCGUGUCUAUGCAAUAUUGGAAAAGGAAGGAAUUGAAAUACCACGUUAUGCGGUAUUAGAUCGUGAUUCACCAGAUCCAAAACAACAUGAAUUAAUCGAAUCCGAGGAUCAUGUUGAAGUCAAUGGCAUUAUAUUUAAUAAACCUUUUGUUGAGAAACCCGUUUCAGCUGAAGAUCAUAACAUUUACAUUUAUUAUCCAACUUCGGCGGGUGGCGGAAGUCAACGAUUAUUCCGAAAGAUCGGUAGCCGUAGCAGUGUUUAUUCACCUGAAUCUCGUGUUCGCAAAACGGGUUCAUUUAUUUAUGAAGAUUUUAUGCCCACAGAUGUAUAUUUUCCAGGUACCGACGUUAAGGUCUACACCGUUGGCCCGGACUAUGCCCAUGCUGAGGCACGGAAAAGUCCCGCAUUGGAUGGGAAAGUGGAACGUGACAGCGAAGGCAAAGAGAUUCGUUAUCCGGUAAUACUUAAUCAUGCUGAGAAGCUUAUAUCACGUAAAGUUUGCUUGGCUUUCAAACAGACCGUUUGUGGAUUUGAUUUGCUAAGAGCGAAUGGGAAGUCAUUUGUGUGCGACGUAAACGGGUUUAGUUUUGUUAAAAAUUCCAAUAAAUAUUAUGACGAUUGUGCAAAAAUAUUGGGCAAUAUGAUACUGAGAGAACUUACACCCACGCUGCACAUUCCCUGGUCGGUACCAUUUCAAUUGGAUGAUCCACCAAUUGUGCCAACAACAUUUGGUAAAAUGAUGGAACUGCGCUGUGUUGUGGCCGUAAUACGGCAUGGUGAUCGAACGCCUAAACAAAAAAUGAAAGUUGAAGUUCGGCAUCCAAAAUUCUUUGAAAUUUUUGAAAAAUAUGAUGGCUUUAAAAAUGGCCAUGUCAAAUUGAAGCGGCCCAAACAAUUGCAAGAGAUCUUAGACAUUGCCCGUUUUCUUUUGGCCGAAAUUGAGACAAAAGAUAAUCCCGAAAUUGAGGAGAAGAAAAGUAAAUUGGAACAAUUGAAAAGUGUGUUGGAAAUGUAUGGCCACUUUUCUGGCAUAAAUCGCAAAGUACAAAUGAAAUAUCAACCCAAAGGCCGGCCAAGAGGUUCCAGUUCUGAUGACGGUAAUAAUGUUAAAAAUUUAGACGCACCAUCAGAGCCAUCCUUGGUUUUGAUAUUGAAAUGGGGUGGUGAAUUGACUCCAGCUGGUCGCAUACAAGCCGAGGAGUUGGGACGUAUUUUCAGAUGUAUGUACCCAGGUGGACAAGGUCGCCAAGAUUAUUCGGGAACUCAAGGCUUGGGUUUGCUAAGAUUGCAUUCAACAUUUCGUCAUGAUUUAAAAAUCUAUGCUUCCGAUGAGGGUCGAGUUCAAAUGACAGCGGCAGCCUUUGCCAAAGGUCUUUUGGCAUUGGAAGGUGAACUUACUCCAAUUUUAGUACAAAUGGUUAAGAGUGCUAAUACUAAUGGUCUAUUGGAUAAUGAUUGUGAUUCAAGCAAAUAUCAAAAUAUGGCCAAAAAUCGUUUGCACGAACUCAUGCAAGUUGAUCGCGAAUUCACAGCUGAAGAUCGGGCCGCCAUUAAUCCCAACAAUAGCAUCUCCAUUAAUCAAGCCCUGGACUUUGUUAAGAAUCCCGUAGAAUGUUGUAAUCAUGUACACAGCUUGAUAAAAGAACUUUUGAUCAUAAUCAGCGUUAAAAAAGAUGAUCCCAAGACCAAAGAUGCCAUAUUGUAUCAUGGUGAAACAUGGGAUCUAAUGCGUUGUCGUUGGGAGAAAAUCGAAAAAGAUUUUAGUACCAAAUCGAAACUUUAUGAUAUCUCUAAAAUUCCUGAUAUUUAUGAUUGUAUCAAAUAUGAUUUGCAACACAAUCAACAUACCUUGCAAUAUGAUCAGGCUGAGGAAUUGUAUAUUUAUGCCAAAUAUCUAGCCGAUAUUGUUAUACCGCAGGAAUAUGGUUUGACAAUGCAAGAAAAACUAACCAUAGGUCAGGGUAUUUGUACACCCCUGUUGAAAAAAAUCAAAUCCGAUUUGCAGCGUAAUAUUGAAGAAGUCGAGGAUGAAUCGGUGAAUCGUUUAAAUCCUCAAUAUAGUCAUGGUGUUGCCAGCCCGGGUAGGCAUGUACGCACUCGUUUGUAUUUCACCAGUGAAAGUCAUGUCCAUUCAUUGUUGACGGUAUUACGUUAUGGGGGAUUAUUGAAUGUUCUAACCGAUGAACAAUGGCGUCGUGCCAUGGAUUAUAUUUCCAUGGUCUCCGAAUUGAAUUAUAUGUCACAAAUUGUCAUAAUGCUAUAUGAGGAUCCCACAAAAGAUCCUACAUCAGAAGAGCGAUUCCAUGUUGAGUUACACUUUAGUCCGGGUGUAAAUUGUUGUGUGCAAAAGAAUUUACCACCUGGACCAGGAUUUCGACCACAUUCACGCAAUGAUUCGGGCACAUUGAAAACAUCGACUCAUGAAGAAUGCUCAAACAAUCCCUCGCGCAUAGAUGAGGAAAAUGAUACGGAUGAAAGUCCAGUCAAAACUCAUUUGAUUUCUCCCGAUGGUUUUGAUUGUGAAAUACGACAUUCCAAGUCGAAACCCAUACCGAUUGGGUCUCAUCACACUGUGGCUGGACAUGAGGCUAUGGAUUUGGCAAAGCGUUUGAAUAAGGAAUUGGCUUCACAGCAGCAACAGCAAACCAAACAAACGGGUUCAUUGGAAGCCAAUCGGCCCAUUAGCCCUGAUGGUGAACCACGUUCUCGUAGUUUUGAGCAAAGAUCACAAAAAUCAAAAGCUGAUUCGCCUUGCAACGACGCGCCCAUUACACCCUCUUCACCCCCAACUCAUGUCAAAGAAUUCAAAGAGAUUUUAACAUCGCGUACCAAUACUAACCUAAACCAAUCUUGUUUUCAAAUACGUGUAACCGAUAAUCUGACCUUCUUUAAAAUCGAUUCUUCCACCAAUGAGUUGCCUUUGUCGGAAAUAGAUUUCUCCCUCACUCCUGGUACGCCUGAAUCCCAUAACAUGUGUACAGCCCACAAAUCGCCCUCGCCCAGUAGUCAAAUGCAAAAGAAACAGGCCCAAUUGUUAACCAUGCGACGCAUGGAAAGUGGUGAUGAGGGAGAUUUUAUGCACAAGCUAAGAGAAAUAAGACGUAUGUCGCCAUUGGCCACAAAUGAGAGGCCUUUGACCUGUAACUGUUCAGGCCAUUUGUCAGCCACUCAAGAGGAGCUGGUCCAACCCCAUGCCCAUUCGAAAAGUGAGACAAAUCUUUGUGACAUGGGUAACUAUACAAAAAUAUCCAGUCCUCCUUUGGCCAUAAGCAAUGUCUCCUCAUCGUACGACUGUCCCACAUCCUUUGAAGAAGAAAUACAAAUCUCAUCUUCGGCCCCAGCCUCUUUGCUAAGUGGUGAAUUUCUUACGCCAGCAGCCAGAAAAAGGCACAUGGAUAGUUUGAAGGCCCCAGGCGGUUCGCCCACAAAUUCACCCACCGCCUCCACCCUAGAAUUGUGUGAGGCUUUGGAUAAUUCCAACAAAAAUUCUUCAACACAACAUAGCAACAACAACAGUAACAACAAGCAUGCCCAAAGUCUACAACAAAAUCCCCAAAUUAAACGAAAAGUUUCCAAUUUAGUUGCUUCACAAUCGGCACCGGUUAUAGCUGAGCUAAACUCCUCCAGCCCCUUUAAAUUUCCCACAAUUAGUAGUUUUAGGCAAUUCGAUCCGAUUGCUGAAAAUGCUCCGGCCUCUAAUAAUACUGCAUCAUACAAUUUAACUAACCCAUUUCAAGAAUUGGACAUGGAUCUUCUACCCACCACCAACCAGCCCCCCAAUUCCUCCUCUUCUAAUCAACUAACAGAUGACCUGACCCCAGCUCAGCGACCAUAUCAUAUGCAUUAUCAUCACCAUAUACAUCAUCACCACCAUCAUCAUCAUUAUCACAUUCAUCCACAUGCGGGUCACUAUCGUUUAUAUAGUUUGAGUUCAAGACCCUCCACCAUCAACACCACCACCAGUACCACCAACACCACUAAUCCAAGUAAUUCUUCUUCUUCAAAUCUACUACUUUCUGCUUCCCAUGAUAAUGAUAAUGAUCUAAAUGAAACUAACAAUGAUGAAUUUCCCAUUUCCUCUGCUUCCUUUUUCCCCACAACAAUAACCAUAACAACGACCACAAACACGUUGCGUCCCACACCUCCUUGCAUAACCAUCAAUGACGAUCAUACACCAUACAACAACACCCAUGCCCCAUCGCCAUAUAAAAAACUUCAAAAAACCAUUUCCCUUGACUAUUCCUCCACUCCCCCCUCAAACAUUUUUGAUAAUUACAAUGACCAUGAAAAUAACGCCACCACCGACCCUAUCAUAUCCUCCAUUAUCAACAAUCCUCCUAUUACUGAUACCACUACAGAUAAUACUGUCACUUCGACAUCGUCGUCGUCAUCGGUAUCGUCCAGACGACAAAGACACAGUAUUGCCGGCCAGAUGUCUUAUAUGAAAAUGUUGGGAUUCGGUGGUUUUAGUAAAAAGAUGACCACAAGCGCCAACAGUCUAUUCAGUACAGCGGUAAUAAGUGGCAGUUCAUCGGCCCCCAAUUUGAGAGAUAUGAUCCCGGUAUCAUCGUCGGUCUUCCCUUUAACAGUUCUGGACGGUUUUGGUGGUGUACCACCGAUACGACCCUUAGAAACAUUGCACAAUGCUUUGUCGCUCAAACAACUUGAUAAUUUUUUGGAAAAAAUGACUUCGGCACCGCUAUUCAAGACACCCACAUGCACACCGCCGAAAAAUCCCUCAACGCCGCUGUCGAUGAUGACAACCAUAACGGAUGAGGAUAUUUGCUCGGCAACGGCCAGUACACCAACCAAUAACAUUUGUCGUUGUAAUGACAAUAGUAUUCUAAAUGAAAAGAAUCCGGAACGAUGUGGUUUGUGUGGAUAUCAAAUAAGGAAUGCUGUGCCAGAUGCCGAGUCAACACCCGUGGCAGCUGGUGGGGAUCACCAGCAGCAGCAGCGUUUGCAGACAACAAAUUCAGUAGCAGCAGGGUCAAGUUUAUGGAGUAAGCAAUCGAGUAUAGCAAGUAGUAUCACCGAACCAUCUUCGCCGGCCAUAUCGGAUACAUAUUCCCAGGAGACGCCUAGCUGUGAGAUGUCAAUUAGUUUGACCAGUAAUGAGGGUGGCAACUAUAGUCUACCACCAUCAUCGGCCACGGCUGCCAAAUUGGCACGUUUCUUUCCCCGCUUGGAUGGUGAUUUGAAUACUGUCAGUGUCUAUACGCCCAUGAAUUUGGAUAGUUUGGAUAGCAAUGAUACGGAAUUUAAUAUGGGUGCAAUUGGUGGGGGUGGUGGCGGAGGUCCGGGUGGUAAAAGUGCCUGUUUGACACCGGUUAGCUUUAAUAUGGAUUUAAGUAUUGUGGCCAACAAAGGAUCGCUGACAUUGUCCGUGGAUGGCUUUGAAGAUGAAGAUGCCACCCCCUCAGCUGCAACCACACCAUCUUUGCCCCAUGAUGAGGGACCCCAAUUGGAAAUGUGUUACUGCUGUGAUGGCCAUGCUGAAUCCGAUCAACCACCCGAUGAUGAUGCUGAACAAUCAACGGAACUCUUUAGCAGUAUGAGAAAUAAACGUUUGGAUGAAAAUGAACCCAAGGUUACUUGCUGUUGUCACGCCGAUGAGGAGCCACCCUUAAGUGCUGGACCAACCUUUGGCGAUCCUGUACCUCCUUUGCUUAGCAUACGCAAAGCUUCCGAUACCAUUUCCCCCAAAAUACAAAAACAGAUAAGUCUCUUUGAAAGUGGCGAUAUUGACAGACAGAAAGACUAUGCGGCCUUGCAUGCCUCAAUAAAUAUACCCCAACCGAAUAGCUUGCAGCUGAAACAGGAUGCUCGCCUCAGGAAAUUUGAAAAUUUAACCCAAUCUACAUCCAAUUCAAAUUUCCCAUUCGAAAGCAAUACUUUGAAAAGGGUGCCAAAUAAUGUGGAAGAUUUUGUCGAUGUCAAUCUAACGCAGUCUUGUAUAAAUCUGAAAACCUCAGAUGUGGUAGCAUCUGAUUUGGCUUCCGGUGGCGGUUCUCCCCAGCACAAGGCAUCACAAUCGGCAAUAUUUCGCCCCAUAACAAUGCUCUCGGAAAUGGGCUCAGCCAGUGGCCCUGCAAGUCCCCGCCCGGGCGCUUUAAUUGUCAAAGAGAAAUUUAUCGAACCACCCAAACGCAUUACACGCAGCUUUCAUGGCAAAACACAAUCAAUGGAUGCCGAUUUCCUCUUCAAUGAAUUCCUCUUGGUUCCCGCUCAGGCACCCAAUACACAACAGAAUUCCUCAAGCAGUGAGGCGGGUAGUUCAUCAACUUCACCGUCCACUAAUCGUCCAAAUAAACGUUUCACCACCACUAAGGUAUUGGAUGAAGCUUUACAAGAUGUAGAUAAAGUUUAGAUAUACACAAAGAAAA